CGUUAUAUAGAUUUCAGGUGUACAUCGUUAUAUUUCAGUUUCUGCGUAGACUACAUCAUGUUCACCACCCACAGACUAAUUGCCAUCCGUCAUCACACAUGUGCCCUGUCACCCCUUUCGCCCUCCUCCUUCCCUGCUUCCCCUUUGGUAACCACCAAUAUAAUCUCUGUAUCUAUGUUUGUUUGUUGUUGGCUAGGUUUUCUUACAACUUCUUUUCAGACAAGUUAUGAGGAUCAAUCCAGCGUGGUAUGUUUGUCACUAGUAAAUGUUUGCAUGAUGCCAUUCAAGAUCCCAGCCUCAGAAAGCUGCUACUCUAGAAGGGGCAAUGACACCACAGAGGUCUGAAAUGUGAGGCUCUCCUCACCACCUCAGAAGGCACGCAUUUGGUUUGUUCUGAGCCUGACCUCCUGUGCCGGCAGAAGUCUCUUCAGUUGGACUUGGGAACUGCAGUUGAGAGAGAGUUCAGUGCAUUGCUUCUCCUGAGAACGCCUCAUCUUGGACUGAAACAUGGAGAGCGGAAUGUUUUGCCUGCUGAAACUCAUCCUGAUACCAGUGUUAUUGGAUUAUUCCUUGGGCCUGAAUGACUUGAUUGUUUCCUCCCUUGAGCUAACAGUCCAUGUGGGUGAUUCAGCCCUGAUGGGAUGUGUUUUCCAGAGCACAGAAGAGAAACGUAUGACCAAAGUAGACUGGAUGUUCUCAUCAGGAGAGCACGCCAAGGAGGAUUUUGUGCUAUACUAUUAUGCCAACCUCAGCGUGGCUGUGGGGCGCUUCCAGAAUCGUGCGCACUUGGUGGGGGACAUCUCACGCAAAGACGGUUCUCUCUUGCUCCAAAAUGUGGAAGAAGCUGACCAGGGAAACUAUACCUGUGAAAUCCGCUUUGAAAUGGAGAGCCAGGUGUUCAAAAGAACAGUGGCGCUGCAUGUACUGCCAGAGGAGCCCAACGAGCUCGUGGUCCAUGUGGGUGAUUCGAUUCAGAUGGGAUGUGUUUUCCAGAGCACAGAAAAGAAACGCAUGACCAAGGUAGACUGGAUGUUCUCGUCGGAAGGGCACGCCAAGGAGGAGAUUGUGCUACGCUAUCACCCCAAACUCAACCUACCUGUGCGGUACCCCCAGAACUGGAGCCGCUUCCAGAACCGUGUAAACCUGGUGGGGGACACUUCCCGCAAUGAUGGCUCCAUCCUGCUCCAAGGAGUGAAGGAGUCUGACAGAGGAAGCUACACCUGCAGCAUCCACCUGGGAAACCUGACCUUCAGGAAAACUUUUGUGCUGCACGUGGUUCAAAAAGAGCUCCGAACAUUGGUGACCCCGGAAACCCUCAGACAUGAGAUCCUGGGCGGUAAUCACCUGGUGAUCAUCGUGGGGAUUGUCUGCGCCACAGUCCUGCUGCUUUCUGUUCUGAUAUUGACCUUGAAGAAGAGGAAUAAGAGUUCAGAAACCUCCACAACUGUGGUAAAAAGCCUGGAGAACGCAAAGAAGGCCCUUCCAGAGAAACACAUUUACACCUCAAUAGCUACACGAGAGGUGAUCGAGGAAGAAGAAUCAAGUGGAAAAUCAGAGGCCACCUACAUGACCAUGCACCCAGUUUGGCCGUCUCCAAGGUCAGCACCAAGUAACCCACCUGAAAAGAAGUCAGCUGGAGAAAUGCUGAAAACAGAGCAAGCUUUUUGAGAAGAAAGGCGAGUUCCCUUCAUCCUUGCCAGUGGCAGACUUUCUGUGCAUCCCUAGUCGCUGUACCAGUUAUUGCAGACCCCUCGUCUUCCCGGUUGUCUUCCUGCCUCAUUGCUCGGUCAAAGGGCUGAAGAUGGAGGGUCCGGAGCCGGGCAGCAAGACUGGACAGCUCUGGAAGAACAGGCCGUGCUUGGGGGUGGGGAGCGUGGACUUGCUUCCUCUGGAGUGGGACCCUGGCCCUAGGGACCCUGGCUGAGCUGCUGCAGUGGCAAACACUCCAUCGGAUCAGAACCUCCAAUUGCAUGGUAUUCUUUAUGGACGAGUUACUGAGAAGAAUUGCAGAAAUAAAAACCAACCCAAAUGAUUCCUUUGGCAAGUUAUCCCUAAAUAAAUGUGGUUUGUGUAAAUCA